UGGACCUAAUGGUCAGGGGUCCCUUUACCUUUACCUUUACCAAACUAUGGGGCCCUGGACACCAGCUCUGAGCUCCACCCCAAGUUCCCUGCUUUGUUUGGGAUCUUUUGGAAGCCUGCAGCUGAGCUAGGAAGGGAACAGAUUCCCUGCAAGCGGUGCCCUAUAUCCGUAUUGGGGUACCAUGUUUAUCCAGUUGCAUAAAUUUGGGGGUACCAUGUUUAUCCAGUUGCAUAAAGAUCCCUUUCCAAGAAAUUGGCUCAAAGAGCAGAAGGAAGCUGUCUCCCUGCUUUGUCUUGUAUCUGCUCCUAUAGAACCCGAAAGCCUUGCAUGUUAUCCUAGCUUAGCGGCGCACGUUCCCAAGUGGAUUCACUGUUUAGGUUUUAGGAGGAUGUGGGUGGCUGGAGUUUUCUGCCAAGUUGAUUGAGCAAGUUCACGUCCUCCCGCAGUUUGGCUUUUGAUCUGGGGCUUCUAUCUCUGUAGAGAGCAGGGCAGCAGAAUUCUUUUACUCAGGCAGGAAAGAGGAUCAGCUAUGGAGCUCCUCCUGAUAGGGGCAAUAUUGGGGGCCCUGGGAGUCUCCGCAGCAACACCCCCGGGCUCAGAAUCCCCCCCGGCGCUGCUCCCCCGGAACGUAGCCAGGAUGGCUGUCGAAGAAUACAACCAGGAAUCGGGCGGGCAAGCCGUCUUCAGGCUGUGGAAGAUAAGGAGCACGCGCAAAACAAGAUUUGACUGGGGGGUUCACUUCAGCAUGGACUUCACCAUCAAGGAGACCCUCUGUCAGAAAACGGGCAAGUACAGGAUUGGAGACUGCAAAUACAAACCGAAUGGGAGCACCAGGGAUUGUUCUGCCGAGGUCUCAGUUCAUAACUUCAUGCAAGAUUCACCGCUGACGUCUGUGAAUUGCCACCCGUUGCAGGCAAACAACCCCAACAGAAGGAACACCAGACCCCAAGCAAUGGAGGCCGCAGAGCCCAGAAUAUUUGUGGAGCAGUAUUUCCCAUCUUCCUUUUCUACUGCAGCUCUGACAGCCCCCGAAGAGUAGAAACACCCCUUUGCCCUCAUCCACCAAGCUGAGCAUGCCUCUCGGAGUUGGGACCUUUCCGAAAUUGCUUUGAUCCCAUGGACAUUUGAUUUUCCGAACUCAUUCGGCUGGUAGAAUAUUACUGUAGACUCAUGCUAUCCAAAUAUUGUUAGAAUUCUAGGAUGCCGCUGAGAUUUCUGUGUGUUUUAAAUGCAGUGGUACCUCGGGUUAAGUACUUAAUUCAUUCCAGAGGUCCGUUCUUAACCUGAAACUGUUCUUAACCUGAAACACCACUAAUGGGGCCUCCUGCUGCCACCGCGCCACCAGAGCAUGAUUUCUGUUCUCAUCCUGAAGCAAAGUUCUUAACCUGAGGUAAUAUUUCUGGGUUAGCAGAAUCUGUAACCUGAAGCGUCUGUAACCCGAGGUACCACUGUGCUGCCUGUUAGCAACAUACAAACGGACCGCUUAUAGACGCAGACUUUCUUUGGAUAAAUAGAAUGAUACUUGGAAUGCGGGACGUGGGUGGCGCUGUGGGUUAAACCACAGAGCCUAAGACUUGCUGAUCCGAAGGUCAGCGGCUCGAA